CCCUCACCUUCACCGCAAUUUCCUGCUCUGUUCCAUUGAAAAGGGCUUCCAACCUCCUCGAAAGACUUUGCUGUAGUUUAGAGGUGGUCACCUCAAUGUGUUUAUAUUGACUUAAGGACUUAAUUAAGAAAAUUAAGAACCUAAUUAAAUGAAUGAGGGAUUGGCCAAGAAUAUAAAAUUAGAAAAUUCCCACCACCAAGAAGCCAAAUCGUGAUCAACACGGAAAGGAGUUGGUGAAAGCAGGGUUGUUAACCAAGGGUCGAACCGCGGGUUGACCUGGACUCUGGUGGGGAAAAAAAGUUUCAUACACUUGUUUGGAACUUCGUCUUGCAUUCGUCAACACGUUUCACUCGAUCAAAACUGGUAAAAUCAAUCAACAAACUUUCAUUCGAGAAUACCACUUUGCAUUACUUUCACAGGCCGCUCAAGUUCAUUCAAUGUGUUAAUCACAAACUUAUAUAAUAAAUUUAAGUGUAUUUGAAUUUUUACUAUAUAUUGGAUCAUGUACUUUAUAUGGUUGAGUGACAUGUAUUUUCAUGGUGCUCCUUUUUCAAUUAUGAAGCAUGGUUAAAUGUAUUUUCAAGCUAGCUAAACCAAACUAAAAUAAUCAGACCAUUGAUCUUUUACUCACUUACUCAAUCGAAAUAACGGUUAAAUCGGGUUGACAACCUUGGGUGAAAGUCCGCUAGCUCUCACUAUUUUAGCUCUCCUCUCCACUCCUACCAAUUCCCCAAACUCCUCCAAAUUCAAAUUCGGCCAAUCAUCCCCGCUGCCGCCAUGGACUCACCCACCGUCAAGCACAUCUCCGACCGCUUCGUCCGCCCUCACAUCACCACCGACGAAAUGGAGCGCCCAAUCCACUUACCUCCCUGGGACCUCCUCAUGCUCUCCGUCCACUACAUCCAAAAGGGCCACCUCUACCCCAAACCCUCCGCCGGCUUCCACAUCGCCGAAUUCCUCCGCCGGAUCAACCACUCCCUCUCCUUAACCCUCUCCCACUUCUACCCACUCGCCGGCCGCCUCGUCACUACCAAUUCCCCCCACGACGACGGCUCCUACGUCGUCUCCAUCGACUGCGCGAACAGCCCCGGCGCCCGAUUGAUCCACGCCGCCGCAGAUCUGACAAUCUCGGACGUCCUGUCACCGACCUACGUCCCCGUCGUCGUCCAAUCGUUCUUCGACCACGAUCGCGCCAUCAAUCACGACGGCCACACCAUGUCCCUCGUCACCAUCCAAGUCACCGAGCUAAUCGACGGAGUUUUCAUCGGGUGCUCCUUCAAUCACGCCGUCGGCGACGGGACCUCCUUCUGGAAUUUCCUCACCGCCUUGUCCGAAACGUAUCGAGGAAAAACCCCAAUUUCUCGACCCCCGGUGAACAACCGGUGGUUCCCCGAAGGCUGCAACCAAAUAAUCCCUCUCCCCGCGGAUCAAAUCCCUAGCCGCUACGAAUCCCCCAAACUCCUCGAGCGGUUCUUCCACUUCUCGGCCGAAUCGAUUGCUAAAAUCAAAUCGAAAACCAAUUACCAAUCAGGGACAACCAAGAUCUCGUCAUUCCAAUCCCUAUCCGCUUUGGUCUGGCGGGGGAUAACUAGGGCACGGAAUUUCCCCGCCGAGAAGAUUACCGGCUGCCGGCUAGCGACCAACAACAGGGGAAGGAUGAACCCUCCCCUGCAUCCCGACUACUUCGGGAACUCGAUUAACCCGAUGAGGACCUCCGCCGCGGUGGGGGAGCUGCUGAGGAACGAUUUGGGGUGGGCGGCGUGGCGGCUGCACGAGGCGGUGGUAGGGCACAGCGACGAGAAGAUCAAGGGGUUUGUGUCGGCGUGGUUGGAGUCGCCGGUGGUUUACCGGAUGGAGCAGGUGUUCGACACGGACAGUGUGAUGAUGGGGAGCUCGCCGAGGUUUGAUAAGUAUGGGAUCGAGUUCGGGCUGGGGAAGGCGGUGGCGCUGCGGAGCGGGUACGCGAACAAGUUUAGUGGGAAGGUGACCGGGUAUCCGGGGCGGGACGGCGGCGGGAGUGUGGAUUUGGAGAUUUGCCUCCCGCCGGCGACGAUGGCGGCUCUGGAAUCUGAUGAGGAGUUCAUGAGCUGCGUAUCUUGAUAGUUCAUAUACGCUUUUCCAAUUGAGUUUUGUUUUUUUGCCUAUAAUAAGUUGACCCCAAAAAAAAGUAUUAGUAACUACUUAUGAAUUUCCUUGUCUAAUGUUGUGGAUUUCCUGAUUAUAAAUCUUUUAGUGAAGAAAUUAACAGAGAGCUAUAAUAUAGCACCUAAUUUUUUGCGAUACCCAAGUUCAAUUGUGAUUGUGAUUUACUAUUUAGUAUUUACAAACGUUGAUAAGAUUUUUACAUUAGCAACAUGACAUAGGGGCCAAGAUCAGGUGAGUCCUUUAAGUCACAUGGUUAACUGGCUAAGUGAAUUUCAGUCACUCAACCUCAUUAAAAUUUAAAGGCUCCAACUAAUCCAAUUUAAUGAAGGACAAUUUGAUAA